AGCAAUCAAUAUUCAAUACAUACAUUCUCACAAUAAUUCUGUAUCUUCCAUCCAAAAAAAAAAAAAAAAAGAGAGAGGCCAACUAGAAGAAUCCAAAAUGAUCAAGUGGGGAAGAAAGAAAACAAUUCAGACAGCAUCUUCGAAUGAAUCUCUAAAAAGUUGGAGUUUGACGUCCAUGAAGAUGAAAAAUGUUGCAAAACCCGAACCAGAAUACGCGCGUUUUGAUGAUUGGAAUGAAAGAUGGUGCGGAAAUGAAGAGAAUUUGUACAAUUCAGAUAAUAGGCUCAAUGUUUCGCCAUCAAGCUCUACAAGUUUUAAGAAAAUGGUGUCAAUGAGAGAGUUCAUUAAUGCAGAGCAGAAAUCAAGAGAAAGGGGAAUUGGUUCUACAGCGCUAGUAGAGAAGGUUGUGUUUGAAAAUAUAUCGGACGUCAUAAUUCAGAAACAUCACUUGAAGGCGGAUUCAACCACACGACGAAUCAAGGUGGAUUCGAGCUUGGAGAAAGAGUGGCAAAAGCUGAAAGACAUGAAAAUCAAUGAGGCUAUUUUAAAGAAUGAUAAUAAGGAUAGAAAAUGUGUUGAUGCAAGCAAUAGAAAAAGGUCAAAGCAUGGUCGUAAAGUCAACUGUCAUUCUCCGCGGAUCAAAGCUCUUGAAGACGUCAUGAAGAGAACAAGAAUCAGGAUGAAUAAGGAGAUAGCAAUCAAAGAUGCAUUCAGAACUUAUCUCGGUAGCUUUGCGAUCAUUAAAAGUUCAUAUGAUCCAGAACAAGACUUUAGAAACUCGAUGAUAGAGAUGAUCAUAGAGAAUGGAAUCAGACAACGAGACGAGCUCGAGGAACUCUUGGCUUGCUAUCUCACCUUGAAUUGCGAUGAAUACCAUCAGCUUAUUGUUAAGGUCUUUCAAGAGGUUUGGUUAGAAUUAAGUAAAGGUUAACUUUGUUCCAUAUUUUCACAUUGCCUGGAUAUAUGGCUUUUGAUGAAAUUGUAAAUUUGUAGUAGUAAUAAUUUCUACAAUGUUUGAUCUCUCUAGUAAUCAUAUUUUCAAAUAAACAAACAUCA